AUGUCGGCGCCGGCACACGACGGCGUUCAUCCCGGCCUGUUCCGGCCGCCAGCGUCGCCCAGCUCCAGCACCGACUAUCUCUCGUCGUCGACUUUUGCAACCGAGCACUCUUCGAAGCGGAAAUGGAGUCGCAGCAGCAUGCCCCGGAUGCACCAGACAGGCGCUCACGGCGGCCUCUAUGAUGAAGGCGAUGUCUAUAUGGAUGCUGCAGUACCGCCUUCGAGAACCUACGCUCUAGCUGGCCAACUUCAUACGCCACUGGUGGGAUCCAAUUCUGAAGAUGCCGACAUGGCCAUGGCCGAGAGCAUGGGGGACAGCAUGGGAGACAGCAUGUACUCUGACUCGGACUACAGGCGGGCCCUCGGCACCAAGCGAUCCCGCGAUGAGAUGGACCAAGACUCUUCCAGCGGGCCCACACAGCUGUUCAGCCAACCCGAGCCUGAGCAAUCUGCAAAUUCCAGUAGCUGGGGGUCCUUUGCUUUCGCCACCAUUGGAGGCGUUGUUGGCCGGGUAUGGGAGUUUUGCAAGGCUGGUGCUUUCAAGGGCUUUUACGCGGGGGGCGGCACAUCGUACAAGGUGACAUCUACAGGCGUUAGUGUUGAUGAAGCUGCUGGUCCCGGGCUUGACCAGACUUAUUAUUUCCAAGGCCAUAGUCAGCAACAGCAAAACCAUGACUACAUGAGUAGAGACAGGGCGCGACAUGUACAACAGCAGUUCCCAAAAAGGAGCCACCACCACUACAGCAGCAGCAGCAACAGUAACAGCAACAGUCAGAAUUCUGGCUACGACGACCCAUAUGAUAGCCGUGCUUCAACGCCCACUGGGCCAGCACCAAAGAGGCGUAGACAUACAGAGAGCGGUAAUGACUUGGGCCAGAACUGGGUGAUGAUCCGAGAGCCCGGCCGUGACAGCGAGGCGAGGACGCCCCGGAAGAUGGCUACGCCGAGCCGCACGUCCCCUCGCCAUCUCUCUCAGCAAACUCCUCUGGCCGAUCUCCGCAUGGGCCCUCCAAGCAGCUUUUCUACUCCUGCUUCAUCUGACCCUGCUCCUCUUCGCCCUGCAAGUCGCGCUGCCAGCCGUCCGGGCAGUCGAAUGUCGGAUGUCAACACCUUCAGGUCUGCACGACCUGCAACCUCAGCUUCUGUUGCGUCCUUCAAAGCCAGUGUUCCCAAGCCGCCUACACCCAGCAGGAUCCCUGUCAAAGCAAACACUUCAGCAACUUUGGCAUCGUCGGCUCCGCUUGCAAACUUUGAGCCCGGCCGAAGGCGCAGACACACAGUCGUGCCGUCGUCGUCUUCCGAUCCCUCUGCCUGGCGAAGUCAGGGUCAUCAACGCGCUGAAAGUGCGGCCUCAGUGGCUACUAGCAGGGCCACCGAGAUUGACGCCAGCCCGCGACUAGAUGCCGAAGCCAAGCGAUUAGCAAGCCGUCGUCAGAAGGAAGAGCGCAAUGCUGAUGCGCGUAUGGCGGCGUUCAACAAGCAGCUGCAAGACAUGAUCCGGCAGGGCAGAGAGGCCCUGGGGUCGACUAUUGAAGUUGACAUCAACGAUGCAGGCUGGGAAGACACGCUCUAA